AUGGACAAAUUAAAGGUUUUGACGAAUCCGCUGAGCAGAUGGCAUAAAAAGAACUUUGGGGACAUAGAAAAAAGGAUUACACAGUUUGAGGAUGAAAUAAAGAAAGUGGAUGACAUGGUAGGUACUAGAGUGGCUGAUGGGACUGUUGAAGCAAGGAGAAAGGCACUUGUGAGCUUCUGUAAAAAAUGGUAUAUCAGACAGGAGCUACACUGGAAGCAGAUGUCAAUAUCUCGACAUGUAAAGGAGAUGGAUAAGAACACACGCUAUUUCCACAAUUUAGCCUCAGCGCGAAAAAGGUCCAAUCAGAUUGAUGCCUUAAUGGUUAAUGGGAGAUUGGUAAGGAAUCAAGCAAGGAUCAAGAUUGCUAUCCGAGACUUCUAUAAGGAGCUGUACCACCAGGAGCCCUCGCCGAUUAUUGGUUUCAGGGAUGGACUAGUAAACCAAAUUCUUGAGGAAAAGGCAACAGAGUUAGAGAUGAUGCCAACUACCGCAGAAAUAAAGGAGGCAGUUUGGGAUUGUGAGUCAACAAAGGCACCAGGAAGUGAUGGGUAUAAUAUGAAUUUUAUAAAGAAGUGUUGA